AUGCCAUUUGCCUCUGUUGAAGAUUACACGUAUUGUUCGCUUCUCAGAGAUCCAAAAUAUAUCAAGCGCAGGGUCUUUGCUUCACAAUCUUAUCGGCAGGAUAAGAAGCGCGUGGUGUCAGAGAUUGCAUUGUGGGGGAAUAGCACACCAGUGUUGCGUGCGGUUGGGUCACUUGGGCGCCAGUUCACGCCCCUGACUCGGGUUUACCACUACAUUGCUGUCCACACAUGCUCUUCUGGCCAUGGUAGAUUGAUUUCAAUGUUAGUGCUUCUCAAGUUUGCGGGGAAUCAAACUUGGAACACUUUUGCUGGUCUACAAAUGACUGCCGGCAUGAACCAACAUUUAAACUGGCUUCUUGUAUUGUCGACAGGCGCGGUUUUGCGCGGGGUUCUGUUCACCUCUACCUCCCCCCUCCUGGAUGUUUUGGUGAAUGCAACCCCCUCCUGGUUCUCGUCUUGA